AUGCGGGCCAUGGGCGACAUGGGCGACCUCGCGACCAUCUGCUCGAACCCCAGGGAGACCUACCGCGCCGUCAAGAACCUGCAGGCCGCGGCGAACGCGAUGAAGCGCCGCGCCACGCGCGCGAUGCGCGUGGCGGCCGCGGAGACCUUCGCGCUCGGCGACGGCGAUCACGACCCGCCGCGUCUCGUGUUCAUGACGUGCGGCGACGGGCUGCAGACGCACGACGUGUGUCCGCGCCCGGAGGCGCUGCACCUCGCGGACUUCGUCAAGCUGGUCUUCCGCGAGGACGGCAGCCUGAACCUCGGGCCGUGCUCGCUGCUGGAGCUGCUGGCGUCCGCGUGGAUCCAAAGCUUCCCGGAGUCUGACCUGCUGCUCUCGGAGAGGGGGGAGUAUUGCCUGACGCCGGCGGUGCUCGCGGGGCUCCUGCUCGAGGCAGAGGAGAUGUGCACGCCCCCCGAGGAGAAGCGCUCGCUCCACGACGGCGGUCUGCCCCGCCUGCGCGAGACAUUCGACGUCCACGUGCGCCCGCUGCUGUCGCGCGUCGACGGGGGGGGGGUGUUGCUGCCGGCGGCGCGCACCGCCACGUGGCUCCCGGGGGUCGACCGCCUCCCGAUGGCCUUCCGUGCAGGGAAGCAGGGCCUGCCGAAGUCCCUGCGCAUGGCCGCGCAUCAGGCGCGGUAUGACGCGGGGGGGGGUCCGAUUCGCGAGAGGAUCCGCUGA